UCCAACUCACUCUUUCUUCAAAUACUUUCUUCUCUACUUCUUUCAAUCACUAUGCCAGAGGCUCCUAAACAAGACCAGUCCAUGGAGACAAAUGAUGAACAUAAUGAUGCUAUUAGUAAAAACAAUAAGAAAGCACUUGAAUACAUUGAAGAUGUUACCAUCAACGCUGAUGAAAUUCAAGAAAGAGUACUAGGUGAGAUCCUCUCUGUUAGUGCAGAUGCUGAGUACCUUCAACGACAUGGCCUAGAUGGACGUACAGACAGAAAAAGCUUCAAGAAGAUGUUGCCUGUGGUGUGUUACGAGGAUUUGAAGAUGGAUAUUGAUCGUAUAGCUAAUGGUGAUACCUCCCCAAUUUUAUGCUCUAAACCCAUAUCAGAGUUUCUCACUAGCUCUGGAACAUCAGGUGGAGAAAGAAAACUGAUGCCAACAAUAGAACAAGAGCUAGAAAGAAGAUCAUUACUCUACAGUCUUCUAAUGCCAGUGAUGGAUCAAUUUGUUCCCAAUUUACACAAAGGCAAAGGAAUGUACUUUCUAUUCACAAAAUCCGAAGCAAAAACACCAGGUGGAUUACUUGCACGUCCAGUAUUAACAAGUUACUACAAAAGCUCUCAUUUUCACAACACAAUACAAGAAAACAAUCCUUACACAAACUAUACUAGCCCAAUUGAAACCAUUCUCUGCCUAGACUCUUAUCAAAGCAUGUACUCUCAAAUCCUAUGCGGUCUUUACCAAAACGAGCAAGUCCUCCGUGUCGGUGCGGUAUUCGCUUCCGGUUUCAUCCGCGCUAUUAAGUUCCUCGAAAAACACUGGAAUACUCUGUGCAAAGAAAUAAGAACCGGUAUAUUAGACGAUAAAAUCACCGACUCGAACGUCAGAGUGUCUGUCAUGAAAAUACUUAAACCGAAUCCUAAACUUGCGGCUUUCAUCGAAUUCGAAUGCAAGAAAGAGUCUUGGAAAGGGAUCAUUAGUAGGUUAUGGCCUAAUACAAAGUAUGUUGAUGUUAUUGUUACCGGAACAAUGUCUCAAUAUAUUCCGAUUUUGGAUUAUUACACCAAUGGUCUUCCUCUUGUUUGUACUAUGUAUGCUUCUUCUGAGUGUUACUUUGGCCUCAACUUAAACCCUUUGUGUGAACCAAGUGAGGUAUGUUACACAAUUAUUCCCACCAUGGCCUACUUCGAGUUCUUGCCUCUCAACAAGAUCGAUGGAAACGACGAUUCAAUUUCCUCCACCGAGCAACAACAUUUACUUGAUCUUGUCGAUGUUGAGUUAGGCCAAGAAUAUGAACUUGUGGUCACCACUUACGCCGGACUUUAUAGGUACAGAGUUGGUGACAUACUCCACGUAGCUGGAUUCAAGAACAAGGCACCUCAAUUCAACUUCAUAUGUCGAAAGAACGUUGUUUUAAGCAUUGAUUCAGAUAAAACCGAUGAAGUUGAGCUACAAAAUGCAGUAAAAGAAGGAUCAAACCAUCUUUUGAACUAUAAUGCAUCACUCACAGAAUACACAAGUUGUGCAGACACAUCAACUAUUCCAGGCCACUAUGUACUCUACUGGGAAAUCACGAUGAACGAGAAAAACUCGAUUCCUGAUUCUGUUUUUGAGGAAUGUUGUUUUACAGUUGAAGAAUCUCUCAACAGUGUGUAUCGCCAAGGAAGAAAAACCGAAUCCAUCGGGCCGUUGGAAAUUAAGGUUGUUGAGAAUGGAACAUUUGAUAAGGUUAUGGAUUUCGCUCUUAGUCAAGGCGCGUCUAUAAAUCAAUACAAAACACCUCGUUGCGUAAAAUACGAUCCUAUUAUCGAGCUUCUUAACACUAAGACGAUUUCAAGUUUCUUUAGUCCAAAAUGUCCAAAUUGGGUUCCCGGUCAUAAGAAUUGGUGAUUUUACCGUCUAAAACAGUCGUUUUGGUUCGUUAAUGUAUGACAUGUAUUCAAUUACAAAACUAUAUUUUCGAGUGUCUAUUGUUAAUAAUUUCAUGAAUCAAA